AGACGAAUCAGAGCAAUGAUUAAAGUUUAAACCAAACCGUCAAUUGAUCAGUCAACAGCUUAAAAACACUGCUGAAAAAAAAAAGAUAAUACAUUUGCCGAUUUGCGAGGGAAUGCAAAGUUAAAUGUGCGUCCUGUCUAAAAGUUGUGAAUAAUUUAUUUAAAAAGUAUCCAUAAAUAUUGAUAAAUAUAAUUAACUAAUUAUGAAUGAAACAAAGGAGGAUGCCUCCAAGGAGGAGACAUUGAUGGAUCCAAUAAGACCAUCUGAUGGUUCCAUCAUGUCACGAGAAAACAUGUCAUAUUUAUAUGGCAGAGAUCCAAGCAUUUUGGCAUAUGGACAUCGUCCAAUAAUAUCAAAAGAAUCAAAAAUAAAUUUGUUAUCAGUAUAUGAAAGUGAAGAAUCAAUUUGUCAUGAUUCAGUUGCAUCAUUAGAUGCUGAAACAUUAUCAUCACAAACUGUCAAAGUAUAUUUACGUAUGAAACCAUUUCCAAGUAAAUUAAAAAUAACAAAAGAACUUGAAGAUGCAUAUAAAAUAAUAAAUCAAACAACAUUAUUAACUAAGCUACCAUGUUUUGAUAAUACAUCAGUGUCAAUGAAAAAAAAUUCAGUUGAUACUGUUACUAGAAAAUUUACAUUCACUGAAACAUUUGGACCAGAAACAACACAAUUGGCAAUAUUUGAACAGGCUAUGAAACCAAUGUUAAUUAAAUUUUUAUCUGGACAAAAUUGUACAGCAAUGACAUAUGGUACAACAAAUUCUGGUAAAUCUUAUACACUUCAAGGAACAUCAGCACGUCCUGGAAUAAUACCUCGAAGUCUUGAAUAUGUAUUUGCAAAUAUUAAUCCAAGAUUAACACCAUGCUACAAACCAAUGUAUAAUUGUGAUGUUGUUAAUUUAUCAUCAAUUGAAAGACUACAAGAACUUGAAUUUAAACAAAAAUUAUUGUCAUUUAAUAUACCAGAUAAAAUACAAUAUAUUAAUGCAUAUAAAGAAAUGCAAAAAAAACUUGAAGAAGAAUCACCAGUACGUACAAGUCAAUCAACAGAUGCACAAUAUAUUGUAUGGGUAUCAUUUACUGAAAUAUAUAAUGAAACAAUAUAUGAUUUAUUAUCAAAUGAUUGUCAAAAACGUCGUCCACCAUUAAAAUUAGCAACAGAUCAUCAUGGACGUCCAUUUAUUAAAGGACUUAAACAAAUAUGUGUUAAUUCUGGAUCAGAAGCAUAUCAAGUAUUAAUGGCUGGACAAUAUAAUUUAAAAGUUGCUGCAACAGCAUUAAAUGCACGUAGUUCAAGAUCACAUUGUAUAUUUAAAAUAACAGUAUUAAAAUAUUAUAUUGAAAAUAGUCCAGAUACUGUUGAAAUAAGUCAAUUUUCAUUUUGUGAUUUAGCUGGUUCUGAAAGACUUAAAAAAACUCUUAAUGUUGGUGAUAGAUUAAAAGAAGCACAAAAUAUUAAUACAAGUUUAAUGGUAUUUGGACGUUGUCUUAAAUCAAUAUAUGAUGGACAAUGUAUUAAACAAAGAAAUGAACAUACUGGUCCAUUUCGUGAUUCAAAAUUAACAAGAUUAUUUCAAAAUGCAUUAUCAGGUAAAGAAUAUAUGGCAUUAGUUGUUAAUAUUAAUCCAAUACCAAAUUUAUAUAUUGAAACUCAAAAUGUAUUAAAUUUAGCUGCAAUUGCUAAAAAAAUUGUUAUUGAACCUAAAAAAAUUAAACGUAAAAAAAAUACAUCAAGAUUUUCAUUGGUUGUUGAACAAACACAAAAAACAACAACUGAUUGGGAUGAUAAAACUGAACUGUUAAGUAUUGCUGAAUCAGCAUCUGAAUAUGAUGAUAAUGAUGAAGAAGAAGAUGAAGAUGAUGACAAUAAUGAUGAUGAUGAUAAUGACAUAUCAAUAACACAAGAAGAUUAUGAGUAUCUUAUGGAUGAAAAUAAUAAGUUAAAAAAAGAAAUAUCAUCAUUAAAAGCUUCAUUUUUACAAAAAGAUAUGAAUAUACGUGAAGAAAUGGCUAAUUUACAUUCAGCAAUGAUGGCUAAAUUAGAAGCAAAUUAUAUGAAUAGAAUAAAAGAAGCUGAACAACAACAAGAAGAUGCAAUUGAAUGGUCUGUUAAUCAAGUUGAAGAAUAUUAUAAACAAAAAAUAAAUGCAUUAAAAAGUAGAAAACGUAAAAGAACAAUUGAUCUUGAUAAUAAUGAACAAGAUGAUGAUGAUGAUGACAGUGAAACUGAUGAUGAUAAUGAUGAUGAAGAUGCCAAUAAUAAUAAUAAAAAAGAUAACAUAAUAAUUAAUGAAUUAAAAAUUGAUAAUGAAAGAUUAAAUGAAAAAUUAAUUGCUAUGAAAACAGCAAAUAAAGAUUUACGUAAAGAAAAAGAUCAAAUUGAAGUUGAAAAAAAUACAUUAUCAUAUGAACUUGGUAUUAUUAAAAAAGAUUUAGAAAAUUCAAAAUUAUUAAUUGAAUCAUUUCAAAAGGAUAAUGUUAAUAAUUCAGAAACAAAUUCUUAUAUUAAUGAAUUAAAAAAACAAUUAGAACAACUUCAAGAUAAAAAUAAAUAUUUAAAACAAAUAUUAAAUGAAGCUAAAAAUGAUUAUAUUAAUAUAACAAAUGAUGGUCAUCAAAAAGAUAUAAAAAUAAGUGAAUUAGAAUCAAUUGUACUUUUAUCAAAUGAAAAAAUUGGUGAAUUACAAAAUAUGUCAAAUGAUAUUGAAGCAUUAUAUGAUAAAAAAUGUAAAGAAAAUAUUGUACUUGAAAGAAAAUUAAAUCUUCAAUAUGAAAAAAUUAAAGAAUUACAAAAACAAAGUAAUUUAUCAUUUAAUUUAACUCAAAAUAAUACAAAUGACAUUAGUAAUAUUAAAAUUAAACAAGAAAUUUUAUCACCAUCAUCUUUAGGUAAUAAUAAUCGAACAGUAUUUAUUGAUAAUCAAGAACAACCAUCAUCAUCAUCAUCACCACCAUCAUCACCAGUUGAUCAACAACAAAUAAUAGCUCAACUUGAAGAAAAAUUAACAAAUUUUGAAGCUGAAAAUGUUGCAUUAUAUGAAAAAUUAAAUGCAAAAUCAAUUGAAGUUGAAUCAUUGAAGAAUGAUAUGUUAAGUACAAAAGAUUGUUUAACAAAAGUAACAAAAGAUCUUGAUGAUUUAAAGAAAAAUAAUUUUAAUAAUGAUAAAUCUGAUAAUAUUAAUAACGAGUGUCAAACAAGUUUUUCAAAUGUUAAACUUGAUAUUAGUCAUCAUGACAAGUCUAUUCAAUCAUCACAAAAUGUUGAUGAUGAAGAAUAUGAACAACUUAGAAAAGAUUUUGAUAAAAUACAAAUUAGUUAUGAUACUUUAAAUAAUCAAUAUUCAAUUGAAUCAACUCGUCUUAAAAAUAUCAGUGAAGAUAAUCAAAAGUUAAUGGAAAGUAUUUCCAAUCUCAAGGCUUUGUUAUCGAGUAAUGAACUUCAAAUUGAUACAUUAACUAAAGACCUAACAGCAUCACGUGCAGUAAAUUCUGAUCUUGAGAAUAAAUUAAAACAAAUGAAACAAAAUGAAAUAGAUCUUGAGGAACAAAUUGCUUUCCUCAAAGAUAAAAUAAAAGAAAUGAAUAUUGAAGUUGAACAAUUGCAAUUAAAUGCAAAAUUACAUGAAGAAGAAUUAAAUAAAAAAAUUAAUGAUUUAUCAGCAGUAUGUGAAAAAGAACAUCUGCCAUUAAUCAGUGAACUUGAAGAUAAACUUUUACAACUUCAAGACUUGAAUAAUUCAGCUGAUCGAUUAUUAUUAGAAGAAAAAAUUGAAAAUUUAGAACAACAAAUACAAGAAACUAAAAAUUUAAAAAAUGAUGUUGAUGCAUUACAUCAUAUAAUUGAUAAUUAUGAAAAAAAAAUAACAUCAUUAAAAGUACAAUUAGAUGAAGCAAAGAAAAAAGAAGCUGAUAAUGAAAUUGAAAUAAAACGUUUAGAAGCAAAUUGUAAAGAUUCAAUAACAUUGAAGCUAAAAAAUGAAGAAUUAAUUUGUAUGGAACAAGAAUCAAAAAGAUUAGAAAAAGAAUCAAAAAUUUUAUUAAAAGAUUUAAAAUCAGCUGAACGUGAAAAGACGUAUAAUGAAAAAUUAAAUACAAAACAGAAUUAUCUAAAAAGAUUUAUAUUUACAGCACCAUCAGCUGAUCGUGGAAGAAGAAAUCGUCGUGAAAAAGAUGAUAAUACAUCUGAUGAUGAAUCAAUAGCACCAAGACGUACAAAAAGAACAGUUAAAAAACCAGCAAAAUAUAAUAAUGAUGAUCAAAAUAGUGAUAUGUCUGUUGUUGAAUUAUCUGGAUCUGAAACUAAAAGAGUUACACGUCGUUGUUUAGCACAAGCACAAGUAUGUCCAUCAACUGAAAAAUCUAAAACAAGAUCAAAAAAAAAAUUAUUUACAAAUCACGAUGAUCAUGAUGCAGAUAUUCAGAAUGACGAUGAUGAUGACGAUGAAAUAUCUGUUGCAACAAGACCUGGUCUUCGUUCACGUAAACGAUAA